GAGAUCCGACAUAUUCACUUCCUUUCCUCAAGCUUUCCUCAUAAGGUCUUCGCUCUUUCUUUCGCGCUAAGGAUCUUGUACGGAUUCGAUACCUUCUAGGUUGUCGAAAACAGAGCUAAUACUAAAGAGUUUAGCUUCAUCUAAACUGCUUGCUGCUUCUUGUCUCUGAAAAUGGGUUUCUGGACUCUCCUGGAAGGUCUUCUGCUUUUUGCAAAUGGAUUAGCAAUAUUGAAUGAAGACAGGUUCCUUGCUCCAAGGGGAUUGACGCUGGCAGAUCUCCAGCGGGGGAAAAGAGAUACAAUCAAGGGGCAGAUCAUUGGACUCAUACAUGCUUGCCAGUUUAUGAGACUACCACUUAUAAUUCUAAACAUCAUCAUUAUCAUUGUGAAGCUACUCUCCGGGUGAGGUUGAGCACGACAGUUGCUCAUUGCGUGGCAUAUGCAUACACUGAAAUUUUCCACAACUGAUGACUACUUUUGGAGUUUGUGAAUAAUUACCAUAGUGUUGGGGCCCAAAAUAAAAUUCCACAGCCCUUGUUUAAAUUGGUAAUCUCCAGAGCUAUGUAAUUUUCCCAUCACCACAUGAAUUUGUUUCUCUACUGAUCUUGUUUUUAGUAUUAUCUCCAAAGUUAAAAUUAAUUAUGAAACACAAUUGUAUUACCCAUCAAAAUUCACUUGAAAGGUAUAAAGAUUAUUGCAGGAAA